AUGACCACUUACCAACCGUACGGGGGCUACAACAACGAUUUCGGCAAUGACUUCAACUCUGGUGGGUUUGACAACAACAACGGAACCAACCAGGGCUCAUCGCAACAGCGUACGCAGACCCGCUCGAGCCUGACCCCGGUGACCAUCAAGAUGCUGAACGAGUCCACGCCACAGGUGCAAGAUGGCGAGUUCAUUGUCCAUAACAUCGAGCUGAACUUGGUGUCGUUCUGUGGUAUUGUGCGUAAUAUAACAGACAACACGUCGAAUCUCGUGGUGCAAUUGGAAGACGGUACAGGUGCGAUUGAAAUCAGAGCAUGGAUCAACGAUUCCUCGCCUGACGAACACAAGGACCUUGAAGUUGGGAAGUACUUUUUCGUCACGGGCUCCCUAAAGGAUUUCCAAGGCAAGAAGAACGUUCAACAUGCCACGUUCACCAAGGUUGACGAUUUCAACCAGGUGAUCUACCAUCAGCUGAGUGCCAUUGACGUUUAUCUCAGAGCCAACGGCAAACUGGGCAGUGAUGGAAGUGCUACUAAGCAGAAGGAGGCGUUAUUUGUCGGUGACGACGAUAACAAGACCACAGGCUCGAAUCUAAGUAUCUCUGAUAGGAUCUUGGAGUGUAUCACGGAACACACUCCUUCAAUGCCCGAGGGAGUCCCUGUGCAAUUCAUCGCACAGACACUCAACAUGCUAGUGGACGAUGUCCAGCUCUACUGUGGUAAGCUCACCGAAGACGCAAAGAUCUUUGUUGGAUAUCACGAAAAUGGCUAUUUAGCAGUGUGA